AUGGAAUCCAAUGAUGGCCCAGGACCGUCAGGAGAUGUGAUCGACCUCACUUCAUUUAGCUCUCCAGAACAAGCCUCUCAAGACACCGAAGUUGCCCGCCCCGCCCUACAGAUCAUCUCAAUUGAAAAAUCACAGCAUGACACUAAGAACAUCGUAAUGUCCCCAGACAAAACAUCGCUGUUCAGACCUCCAGCUUUCACACUGGACCUUUUCAAGGAGUGUGUCGAUGAGGACGACGACAAGACCCGCGAGGAGGAGCCUGAAGUUCUGUCUAGUAGACAAAAAUCAGACAGCCGUACUCUCUUGCCUGGAUUCACUACACCUGAGCAGACGUUCAGGAACACCGCAACGUCAGAUGAUACAGAAUUAUUCGUCAGGGCAGACAACUACGAUGAUGACGAUGUAGUGGGAGUCUUUGCGCCUAGAAUCAAACGUCCAAAGCCCCUCCGCACAAGCCUGAAACUGUUGACCACCCAAAGAAUGCCAGGUUUGACACAGCAAGGUCAACGUUUACCACAACACCUUCGCAAUGGAUAUCGUCGAGGAAAACAAGACAUCAUCAUAGGAGGGGAGUCAUACAAAGAUCUUGAUCACCUAGCUGGCGCCUCGCAACGACACAUAUCCACACAGUCAUACGGGCAUGUACAUACCGCACUACCAGCUGCAAACAUGAUUCCCACUGAUGGCAGAGGGUACAUUGUCACAAACUCAUUCAUGACAGGCGCACAACGUAAGCGUCUCGAGCAGCAAGAAAGACUCGAAAGAGCCCUCGCGGAUCUCGAAGAAUGCGUCACGGCAAAUCCGACCGACGUGAAACUACAGGGGAGACUACUUCAUCUCAGAGCACUACAGAACCGCUUAGAGCAGAACGAGAACACAUUUCUCAAGAGCGCGGAAGUUGGUAUUGUCAAGGAGGUGGAGAGGAUGCUUUCAAGGCGACGAAUGCAUAUGGUCACGGCGGAGUUUGAGAAUCAGGCAAAGGCUAUGGUUGAGAGUAUGGUUAUGUCGUCGUCGGCAGGAAGAAAGGGAGGGAAGAAGCGUGGCUUCGAUGAUGGGUCGAUGUCGCCUCAAUCAUCAUCGUAUAGGAGCGAAGCUGGGGGGACGUCGGAAAGGUCUUCGUUUUCGCAUCCUUCUACGGGAGGGAAGACGGUUCCUCAAUCUUACUAUCAGCGACACAAACGAGAAAGAUUUACGCAUGAAAUCGAGGGAGAUGAUAAUGAUGAAGAUGAGGAUGUGAAUUUGGACGAUGGACAGGAGAGAAAGACCUAUGGUGGCAAGACUACUGCGCAGGAUAGUUUGGAUUAUGAUACUGCAAAGGUACUUGUGAAGGCGAUGGAGGGGGAAGAAGGGGUCAAGGAUGGAGGUGAGGUGGAAGACAGUAGUGAUGAUGUUAAGGACACUAGUGAUGACAAUACGGAUGAUGGCAAUGGUGGUGCAAAUGAGUAG